CAAUGGGGUCAAGUUUAGUUUUUAAAUUCACUAAAACCUUCUGUCAAAUGAAAAUUAAUUUUUUCUGGUCUUAUGUGGAUGAUGAACUUAUGGUUCAUUUUUAAUAAGCUUAUGGACAUUGUGAGGAAUAGGUUUACUGCAUUUGUGUGUUCAGUUUGAAGGUCCGCCAGAAAUAGUUUUCUGCAGAAAAUCCAGCUGAUUGCAUCGAGUUACUGACUUUAAAGCAUCCACUUUUCUUGAGUCUGUUGUUUUUGAAAACCAGAAAAGCUGAUAGAUUUUGAUUUCUGACUAAUAAAUUGGUACGUUUGAAUCAGUUACUCUAAAAUAAAUCUGUGAAGUGUAAAGAAUCUAACAGGAAGGGGAGAAAUUCGUCUUUCACUUUCAGAUUUACUCAGGGGCAUGUCACAUAUUAACAUUCUGUGCAAUCUGUGAACAAGAGCACAACGGAUCUUUUCAUACGAGUUUCAUUUUGAGUAUCUGUUGUCUCAAACACAGUAAAAGCAAACUGAGGUAAUAAACUUUUGACCUCAGUUUUAAAUAAUUAAAAAAAGAUAAUAAAACUUGAUUCUUGCCUCCAAACUGAAGAUUUGACUUUGAGGGUAAAAGUGAGUUUUCUUUUGGAGGUUUACUCCAAACUGAACAUUCAGCUCCAAACUGAACAUUCAGCAGAGAGGCACACCUCUGAUUUAUCUCAACCAACAUUCACAGGGUUUUUAUCGACCUCUAUCUGUGCAUAAAUGUCUGUAGUAAAGAUAAAGCAGAGCAACAUCCAAAGUAUCAGGAUGCCCUUGCAUUAGAGGAGCAACUAUUGAUUACGUAGUAGUUGACCAGUCUAUCAAUAUUAUUAUUGGCUGCUCAGUUUGUGGGGUUAUUUUCAUCCAGCUCCGCUUUCUGUGAAGUUUAAUUUCUUCUCAGUGCUGCUGCAGGUUAUGCUGUAACUUUUCAAGCCUGCACAGUUAUGUAGGUCUCAACAUUAUCCACAAAUAAAAAUGUUAGAUAUGUCAACGGUGCACUGGAUGAUUCUAGUUAACUUGGCAGUUAAAUUUUUCUGUUUUCAAGUAUUGGAUGGAACAAUCCAACUUGAGCUAAUGUUCUAAACUCUGAAACUGUCCAACUUGAUCAUCACCUAAUUCUGGAGACAUAGCUGGUAAGAGAUAUAAGGGUGUGUGUGCAUUUUAUCAGGACCUGGGUGGUUUUGGUUUCAUUGUGAGUGGAACUGGGUGGGCCUACGGAUUUGCAUAAAAGCAGAGAAAACUCAGCAAGUUCUUCCCACCCUCCCUCACUUUCUGCUGCACUUCAACCUGAGUGGUAUGUAUCUUCACUGUGUUCAACAUGUUUGCUUAUAGAUUUCUGUUGUCUAAUGCUUUCUCUAUUAAUAUUUUUAGUGAGUGAAUACAAACUGCAGAGUUUUACCACUGGACUGAGCAGAGAGAAGCCAACAAAGACGGUCACAAUUGCCGAUUUGGGUUAAAACAUUUGAAGGCAUCCAUCCUAUGUCUUAACAGAUUUGGCUGUGAAAAAGGAUCUGAAGUCCCACACUACAACGUCUAUUUUUGUGUCACCUGGAUAAAAAUUUAGUUUUCCAAAGAUAAUCUCCAACAAGUCAUGAACAUCUUUAAACAAAAGCCAAAAAGGCUUCCUGAUGCUGUUAAAGCUGAGAGCACAAAGCUGGAGCCACAGAAAGGACCACUGCCUGUUUAUAGAGUUCCUCUGAACGAGGAGAACAUCAGAUUAAAGGGAUGCAGGUUCUUCAGGUUUGGAGAACAAAGCAAAGUUGCUUCCAAACAAAGUCGCACCAUCAUGGUUCUUGGAGCUACAGGUGCUGGGAAGUCAACCCUCAUCAAUGGGAUGAUAAAUUACAUGCUAGGUGUUAAAUGGUCAGACUCGUAUCGGUUCAGCUUAGUGGAUGAUGGUCAGACAAAAUCCCAAGCUCACAGUCAGACCUCUGAGGUCACUGUGUACAAACUCAACYACAGGGACGGAUUUGAGGUUCCCUUCUCUCUGACCAUCAUAGACACUCCAGGCUUUGGAGACACCAGAGGAAUAGACAGAGACAGGGAGAUCACAGAGCAGCUCCGUAACCUCUUCACUAGUAAAGACGGGGUYAGUGAGAUUGAUGCUGUGUGUUUUAUAGCUCAAUCAGCUUUAGCUCGUCUCACACCGACACAGAAAUAUGUCUUUGAUUCCAUUCUCUCCAUCUUUGGCAAAGAUAUAGCAGAAAACAUCAGGAUCCUGGUGACAUUUGCAGAUGGUCAGAAGCCUCCAGUUCUAGAAGCCAUCAAMGAAUCAGGCGUACCAAGUCCGAAAGGGAAAGAUGGUCUUCCAGUUCACUUCAAAUUUAACAACUCUGCUCUGUUUGCUGACAAUAAAUCCUCUGCAGCAGAUGCCCUGAGUGAUGAUGAUGAUGAAAACUUUGAUCAGAUGUUUUGGAACAUGGGAACAAAAAGCAUGAAAAGGUUUUUUGCUGCUCUAAAUCAGAUAGAAACCAAAAGUUUGACACUGACAAAAGAGGUCCUGAGAGAAAGACAACAGCUGGAGGUUUCAGUUGAGAAUCUGCAGCUUCAGGUUAAACUUGGUUUGGCCAAAAUGGAGGAGAUCAGAGAGACGAGARAAAAAAUCAAAGAGCWUGAAGCCGAGAUCAGUAGAAAUGAGAAAUUUGAGUUUKAUGUCACUGUGAAGAGACCUAYACAAUUUGAUAUCUCRGGUACUGGGAACUACAUUACCAACUGUCAGCAGUGUCAUGUCACCUGUCAUUACCCUUGUGCAAUACCAAAUGAUGAUGAUAAAAGAGGAUGUUGGGCAAUGGAUGGCAAUGGAUACUGCACUCAGUGUAAAGGUAAAUGUUACUGGAAUGUUCAUUUCAACCAAAAGUACAGGUGGGAWUAUAAAGAUGUUAYAGAGAAACGGACAGCCAAAGASMYGAAGGAAAACUAUGAWAAGGCCACAGGGCAGAAGAUGACUGUUGAGGGACUGAUGAGAAAACUGGAGGCUGAAUAUGGUAUCAUGCAGAAUGAGGUGAAUAAAUUAAUAGACAAGUCAGCAAAGUGUCUGAACCGACUGAAGGAGAUAGCACUGAGGCCCAAUCCUCUCACCACUCCAAAGUACAUUGAUUUGCUGAUUGAAGGAGAGAAACAGGAGGGAAAACCAGGCUGGAAACAUCGAGUUGAGUCACUGAUUAACAUGAAACAACAAGCAGAAAUCAUGGCUAAAUUGGAGAAAGGAGAAAACCUUCUCCUCUGA